AUGGGCGCUUCUACCUGGGACGACACUCCUACCCGUAAGCAUAUGUUACACCUCAAUUAUACUGUCUCUUGCUGAUCUCCCCUUAGCCGCUGGCGACAAUAGCUGGAAGGCUGACGCUGGCGGCGACGCCGGUGGCUGGGAGCCUGACAACUCCAUGGCCAACAACGGUUUCGCCGAAGAGAACAUCUCGAAACACGCCGGCGGCGUUGACUUCGGCGACGACGCUCCCCGUGACGGCGGCUGCCGUGUGUAUGUUUAAAGUACCCGACGCUUAGUGUUAUACACUGCUGACCUUUUCCAGCUGCGGCGCCGACAGCCACUUCGCUCGUAAGCUCCCUCGCUCCAUGUGCGCAUCUCUCGACAUGACUGACGGAUCAUCAGGUGACUGCCCAGACAAGCCAGCCAACUCGGGCGAGUGCUACAACUGUGGCGAGACCGGCCACAACAAGGUGAGCAACCUCAGUGUUGAUCCGCCAUUGCAAGAUGCUGACGCGCACAGGCCGACUGCCCAAAUCCUCGCGUCGAGCGCGAGUUCACCGGCACCUGCAAUUUCUGCGGCCAGGAGGGACAUCGCAAGGCUGAUUGCCCUGAGAAUCCCACCGUCUGCAAGCUCUGCAAAGGCACCGGUCACGUCGCCGCAGACUGCGAGGUCAAUCGCGCAGAGGCCAUGUUCGCUUCCAUGGGGAUCAAGGACAUGGAGGGAGAGGAGGCUUGGCUCGCCAUCGUGGCGGGCGACAAGGACAAGGAUGUCGAGGACAUCAAGAAGGUAAUUUCAUCGCGCCUCCAAGCUGCUCGAUUACUCGAUCCUGACCACAUCACAGGCAAUCUUUGCCUACGCCAAAGCCGUUCCGUACCUCCUACUCCCGGACCUCGAGGGCGUCUUCCGCGCUCAUAACAUGAACACCCGUCUCAUCGCCAAGGAGCAAGAGCUUUCAGCCGCACAUACCAUCAUCAACUUUCAGGGCAAGCCUGACAUGAAAUACGUCGUCUCCAUCCAGUGGUCGGACAAGCCAAAGCGCGCCAAGUUCGCUGAGGGCUGGCCAUCGUCUACCGAGGAGAACCUGCUUCGUCUCGCUGAGGCAGGUUUCAUCGUCGACUCCCUGGUUCCAAAGUGCAGCAACUGCAACGAGUACGGCCACAUCUCGAAGGACUGUGAGCAGGAUAAAAAUGAGGCUGCCAAGGUCAUCAUCUCUUGCGCCAACUGCAGCGAGGAGGGUCAUCGCGCUCGUGACUGUGCAAACCCACGCAAGUCUGGCAAGAAGGGCUGCCGCAACUGUGAGUCUCUACAAGACCUAUGAGACUGACUGAAGCUGACUGUAAGCAGGCGGAUCCGAGGACCACAUUGCCAAGGACUGCGACCAGCCUCGCGACCUCAGCGACGUCGAGUGCAAGGAGUGUGGUCAGAUGGGCCACUUCUCUCGCGACUGCCCCGAGCAAGUCUGCCGCAACUGCAACGAGAAAGGCCACUCCUCCAAGGGUUGCGAGAAGGAGCGCGUCAUCGUGUGCCGCAACUGCGACCAGGAGGGACACGUCUCCAAGGUACGUUGUCUGAUACCGAGAGUUUACGCACGACAUGGGUACUGACUGACAUUUCUCGUAGGAGUGUCCAGAGCCACGCAAUAUGGCCAAGGUCCAGUGCCGCAACUGCGACGAGUUCGGCCACACUGGUCGCGACUGUCCAAAGCCAACGGAUUGGUCUCGUGUCGAGUGCACCACCUGCCACGAGAAGGGCCAUUCCUACAAGCGCUGUUCGAUCAAGCCUGAGGAGGGCUCCGGCGGCAAUGGCGGUUGGGGUGAGGGCAACGGUGCCGGAGCUUCUUCUGGCGGAGGAGGUGGCGGCUGGGAGAACAACGACACCGGCGCCUCGUCUGGCGUUGGCGGCGGAGGCUGGGAGAAUGGAAACUCUUCUGGUCCCGCAGACACUGGCGGUUGGUAA